CUUGCACUAAGUGUCAAAAUUGCCUCACAUUAAGUUUCAUAUAUAGAAAAUACAAUUACAAUUUCUUUAACGGAUCACGAACGGGAAAAAGAAGUUUUGAAAUGGAGCUCGGGAUCUUGGAAAAUGGUCAAGACGAAUCGGUCAGCUUAGUUGAGACAGAUGAUAAGGAUAAGCCUAAAGCAGCUGCUUGGAUAAUAAUUAUGGUGAUACUACUAAAUACAUCUUUGAUUGCUCUGGCUAUUCCAAUAUAUCUGUAUUUGAAUUCUGUCGACGAAGUGGUCAAAAAACGUUUGAUAGACUAUUGCAUUGUUAUAGGAGGCAUUAUAGGAAUUCCGAUGCUGUACAGACUAGGAGAUCUGUCGAAGGGACGACCAAAUUUCUACUACAUUUAAAUAAUUCAUUUGGUUAGCAUGAUGCACUAUGAUUUGAAAAUAAAUUCAAAAUUUUUGUGUCUUAAUGUUGAUAUUAUGUCCAAAAAAUUUAAAGUCUUUAACACCAAUCAUGCUUUCCUUGCUUUUAAACUCGUCAGUCGUUAGAUCAAUCUCACACUUUCAAAUACAUAUACAUUAUACUCACAUUAAACGAACAACACACAA